AUGAAAGAUAGUAUGAGAGCUGGCAAUAGCUUUGCUUUUCUAUCUCAUGAUAUUAAUUACCUUGAGCACUCUAAUCAGGUCAACCUGCCACGAGUAACUGUUGUCAUGCCUUUGAAAGGCUUUGGAGAGCAUAAUCUACAUAACUGGAGAAGUCAGGAUUGUGUUGAUGCAAAGAUUGUUGUAGCUGGGUUAUCAACAACCUGCAGUCAAAAAAUUCAUAAUCAGUUGGUUGGGUUGCAGAAUAUGCACAAAGACAGCAAAUAUGUCUUGUUUUUGGAUGAUGAUGUCAGGCUGCAUCCUGGUUCUAUUGGGUCCCUCACUGCUGAAAUGGAAAAGAAUCCCGAGAUAUUUAUUCAAACGGGAUAUCCUCUAGAUUUACCUUCUGGGAGCUUAGGAAGUUACUGCAUUUAUGAAUACCAUAUGCCUUGCUCAAUGGGGUUUGCUACUGGUGGAAAAAACAUUCUUUUUGUGGGGAGGGUGCAUGAUGGCAAGUACCUUCUACCUCUGUUUUUAACUGCUGCAUGCUUAAUGAUGCAUGCAGAUGAUUUUAGAACUGACCGGCAUGGGGUGGUUUCAGAACUUCAAGAUGGAGGAUACUCUGAUGACAUGACUCUUGCAGCUAUAGCUGGAGCCCAUAAGAGGCUUAUCACAUCACCACCAGUUGCUGUGUUUCCUCACCCUCUUGCAAGUGACCUUAGUUUCUCAAGGUACUGGAAUUACUUGAGGAAGCAAACUUUUGUGCUAGAAUCAUACACAACGAAGGUUAAUUGGAUUAUGAACCGUGCAUUAUUUUCUACUCACUGCUAUCUAUCAUGGGGAUUUGUAGCACCAUACUUUAUGGCUGUGGUUCAUGUUGCAGCAGCACUAAGAAUUCAUUCUAAAGGAUAUUUACUUGGUGAUACAGCCUUUACUUCUUGUGUGGCAACUGCCAAGGCCCUCCUCUUGAGGCUUUUGUUCUGUCUAUAUUUUUUUAUGGGUUGUUAUAUAGUGGGCUGCCUAGCUAUAUGCACUUUUGUGGAACUUCUCUCCAUGUGGAACUUAACAAGAAUAGAAGUUCAACUAUGCAACAUGUUGUCUCCUGAGGCAACACCACUAUCACUUGCCUCAUAUAAUUGGUGCCUGGUAAGUGCUCUGUAUUUAUUGCAAUAUUGGUGGAUAAUUUUCUAUCCAGUCUCUGCAAUGCGUUCACAUUUUUCUCAGUCUAUUAAUUGGUCUGGCAUUCGAUACCACCUGAAAGAUGGAAAGAUAAGCAAGAUUGACAGAAGCAAGGAUAAAGGUCCAAAAUUUACAGAUUUGGAGGAAAGCAUUUAUAUGGGACGAAAGGAGCUCCUCCAAGAGCCUCUAUACUUGGUUAUUUGUCAAGGGGUUUGGCCCAGUGGCGGCAACCCAAGAAAUAUGACGUGUAGGAAUGAAGUUAGCAACAAAAGAAACUUGGUGAUUGUUGUCCUUGUGUGGUCUGAUGGGUAG